UUUCUCUGUCUUCUCUUUCCCCCAUUCAGUUUGAGGAAAAACUCAAGAGUUUCAAGUUUGUCAUAAUGAACAUUCAGAUCAAGCUAAAUCUCACAGGAAGCACCGCACAAACAGAUCUGCCGGUUAGAAGCAAGAGGGAAGCUGCAAUGACCUCUCAAAGAUAUUCCUCCAAGUCGAUUGUUCGGAUCACAUCCGAACUAACCAAAAGGGAGAUACAAAUGAGGCUCGGAGCAUAUCUACUAGGCCAUUAUGGGGGACUGGGUUGCUCAGUGAAGGUGGACAACACAAACAUCACUAACUUUGAUCCCGAGAUGUGCCUUGAAGAAGCCAUCCAAACCAAGUACAAGGGGAACUUCAGGUGGCCGAAGACAGUUCCUGGCAAUGUGACACACAUCUCCUGUCCGAACAACACAACGGUUUUGGCGGAAAGGACCUGUUCAAUCAAUAUCAAGAAUGAAAAAGCCCUUUGGAGAAGACACAACGUGACCUCAUGUCAGCUACUGGAAAAAUUGCCAGAUAAUAUUAUAUCCCUUGAUAAUGUGAGCAUCACAAUGGAUAAUGCUGAAAAUCUCGUGGAUCACAUUUUGAGCCUGUUGAAUUCUUCCACUUGGAGUCCAGAGGUAGUGGAGGUUCUUGUGAAUAAACUGACUGCCAUCGCCAACUGCGAGGAAGUCAGCUCAACAUUGGCGCAGAAAUCAUUGCAAGUAAUAGAUGCCUUUAUGACAAUAGAAGCCAGUGACCACUUGCAAGGGAAGCUCAACAGCAUCCUACAGCUCACAGAACAGAUAGGAUUCAAGAUGUCAUUUAAUGGGAGAAAUGCUUCCAUUGUGACGCCCAAACUGGCUUUGGCCUUGUUGCGUCCAGAUCCUGAAAAUUUUCAAGGAAUUGCUUUUGUGAUAACGUCUUAUGACUCCAAGACAGACCCAGAGCUCAAGAUCCGCCAAGCCCCUUUCACCACAGGCAUGGCCUCCAUAUUUCUGCCUGGAUUAUUGAGAUAUUACUUGAAGGCGCAGUCUUUUGAGCCGGAAGAUCACACCAAGAUCCAGUUUAGUUUCUUUGGCACAACUUCGCUGUUUCAGGACAGCAGCUUUGAGGACACGAAGCUCAACUCUUAUGUUGUGGGCGCCAGCAUUGAGGACACAUCCGUCAGGAACCUUAAGGAGCCGGUGAAUGUCAUCCUGCGGCAUUUGGAGCCCAACGUGAAUAACGCUUCAGUGCAUUGUGUCUUUUGGGACUUUAGUAAGAACAAUGGCAGCGGCGGCUGGAACACAACGGGCUGUGAAUCGGUGCAUACAGACGCCAACUACACAAUCUGCAACUGCUCCCAUCUGACCCAUUUCGGAGUUUUGCUGGACAUCUUCCAGAAUCCAGUCGAAAAUGAGGCCGAUAAUUGGAAUUUAACAUUGAUCUCCAACGUGGGCUGUGGGAUUUCCUCCAUCUUCCUGGGCUUGGCGCUAGUAAUCUACCUAUCCAUUGACAAGCUGCGUCAGGACCACCCUUCCCGGAUCCUGAUCAACCUCUGCUUCGCCCUUUUGAUGCUCAACCUCACCUUCCUGCUCAACCCGUGGCUGUCCUCCUUCCAGAAGCGUGGCCUCUGCAUCUCCGUGGCCGUGGUCCUCCACUACUUCCUCCUGGCGUCCUUCACCUGGAUGGGGCUGGAGGCCGUCCACAUGUACUACGCGCUGGUCCAGGUCUUCAACAUCUACAUCACUCGCUACAUCCUGAAGCUCUCCAUCGUCGGUUGGGGAAUUCCUGCUGCUAUUGUGGCGACUGUCCUUGCCAUAAGCAGAGACAUCUAUGGGACCGAACCUGUUUCCCGAAGCGCUGAGCCGCAGGAAUUGUUUUGCUGGAUUCGGCACAAAACGGCCUUUUACGUCUCGGUGGUGGCCUACUUCUGCCUGGUCUUCCUGGUCAACACCUCCAUCUUCAUCACAGUCCUCUUGCAGAUCCGCGCCAUGACGGCCAAGAACCACUUUGAGGAGGGCGGCUGGGGCCAGGACUUCCUCCGCAACAUGAAGCGGGUGGCCAGCCUGUCCUUCCUGCUCGGCUUGACGUGGGGCUUCGCCUUCUUUGCCAUGGGGCCCGUGCAGGUCUUCUUCCUGUACCUCUUUGCGCUUUGCAACACUUUCCAAGGAUUCUUCAUUUUCCUCUUCCAUUGCCUCAUGAAGGAGAACGUGAGGAAGCAAUGCCGAAUCCACUUCUGUUGCGGGAGGUUUCGUCUCAGCUAUUCCCAGUGGGCCACUUCUGCCACCAGUCUGGCCUAUCCUCCCAUGAGGAACCUGGAGCGGAAGCUGUCCUUUCUUUCCCUGAAGUCUCAGAAGUCUUGUGUCACCAACUCGACGUCCAACGGGUCGGGAAGCCUGACAAGGGAGCAUCCCAGACAUUGGGGCCAAAGCCGUCCAGAUUUGGCACAGCCCCAGCUCUGGAUCCUUGACUCACCAGGAGGCCCAGUUUCCUCAUGUCAGAAGAAUAUCAUGAAUUGAUGGUGACUUCUGGAAGACUGCUCUAUUCAGAUCAAAGUCAACUGACAGAUCUUUCCCAAUGAGAUAUAUAAGAAAUAUCAAUAAAUCCAGACUUUUUUUUUGGGGGGGGGGGGGGAAUGCAAAAGCCUAACAUAAUUGAAAGGGAUUGGAGACCACAAUCAAAUAGCAUGAGAAUUGUCAAGGAUUUCAUAACAUUAUGCAACUUGAUUUUUGUUCCUGGGUUAUAAAUGUCAUUUCCUAACUGGUUUUAUCAUCAAAACAUGGGGAAAGUUUAUUAAACUGCAAAAAAAAAAUGUUUUUGCCAGACAUCCUGCA